UGCAAAAUAUACGAACAAUAUCGAAAUGUAAAUUCACCACUCUAAGUAUCUUCAAAAGUGCACGUUGAUUGUUGCCAUUCAGGGUAUGGUGUUUUCUGAUUUAUAACUAUUGUCAAAAUGACAGAUAGCUGACAACAUGUCGUCAGCUACGAUGCCUUUGUUAGAUGACGAUACGAUAGCCUUCGGCGAGGAGGACAAUAUCGCCACAAAUAAAGGUUCCUUAACACAUCCAUACGUAACGUUUUUCCAUUUAGCGUUUAGAGGGGCCUCUGUAGUAGUAUAUAUGUUAUGUGGAUGGUUCAGCAACAGCUUCAUAGCCAGUUUUGUGACAGUAGUUUUGUUAUUAUCCAUGGAUUUUUGGACAGUAAAAAAUAUUACUGGCAGAUUAAUGGUUGGCCUGAGGUGGUGGAACUAUAUAGAUGAUGAUGGUGUUUCCCACUGGGUCUUUGAAUCUAGAAAGGGUCCAAUUCAGAAUCGGAUAAAUGAUAGAGAAGCAACCAUAUUUUGGACAGCACUUGUUUUAACACCUUUCUUCUGGGGAAUAUUCUUUAUAAUUGCCCUUUUUGGAUUGAAAUUAGAGUGGCUGCUUUUGGUAAUGAUUGCUCUGGUUUUAAAUGGGGCAAACUUGUAUGGAUACAUCAAAUGUAAGGUUGGAAACAAGGAUAGUUUGAGUACAGUAACGUCAGAUUUUCUUAAGAAACAAGUAUUACAAAACGCGGUUUCAAUGGUGACGCGGCAAGCUACAGCUCCUGCUUCAAAUCCUCUAAGUCAACCAUCCAAUACUGUUUAAGGGUCACUUCAUUCCACUUUUUGUAUAUAUUAUUAUUAUUAUGUAUGUGAUAAAGCAAUUUAAUUGUGACUUGUUUAUGUAUGAAUGUAUGUGUUCUUUUAAUAAAUUAAUAUAUUAAAAAUAAAUAUAUUAAAAUUU